AUGUCUCUGUGCCAGUGCGCGGUGAAGCACAGCGAGUCGGACGCCGAUGGUUGCUGCUUCUCGGCCGGCGGCGGCGUGAAGGUUUGCCUGCACUGGAGCGGGGAGGAGGAACGAGAGCGGUGCCGGACCUACGCUCAGGGCACCCUCAGCGCCGAGGAGAUCUGCAUCGACCUGGCCCGCAGGAUCGGCAUCACGCCGCUCUGCUACAGCCUCUUCGCCCUCUAUGACACCCAGAGCCGCCUCUGGCUCCCGCCCAACCACCUCUUCGAAAUCGGCAAAGACACCAACCUCAACCUGCUUUUCCGCAUGAGGUACUACUUUCGGAAUUGGCACGGGAUGAACGACAAGGAACCGGCGGUUUAUCGCAACGUGCCCCGACAGAGCGACUCCCCCGACGAGAAGCUGCCGGGAGGAGCCUUGCUCGACAAAUCGUCCUUCGAGUACCUGUUUGAGCAGGGAAAAUUUGAAUUCAUCAACGACGUCGCGUCUUUGAAAGACCUCCAGACUGAACAGGAGAUCCAGAGGUUCAAGAACGAAAGCUUGGGCAUGGCCGUGCUUCACCUCUCUCACAUCGCCAUCAAAAAAGGCGUCUCCCUGGAGGAAGUGGCCCGAAAAUACAGCUUCAAGGACUGUAUCCCACGUUCCUUCUACCGCCAGAUGCAGCAGAACAACUACCUGACCAAAUUCCGCAUGAAAAACGUCUUCAAGAAGUUUGUCCAGCGUUUCCAGCGGCACACGGUCAGCACCGGCAAGCUGACGGUGCAGGACGUCAUGUACAAAUACCUGGCGACCUUGGAGCACCUCGCCCCUCGUUUCGGCAGCGAGGUUUUCCCCGUGCUCUCCUUGGAAACCUCCUCCGAGGGAGAGAAGGCGCAGCUCUACCUCAACGGAGGACAUUCGCAGCUGGAGCAUGGCCACGCGCUGCUCCCCAAGGACCGACCUGUCACCCACGAAGUCCUCGUCACCGGCACCAGCGGGAUCCAGUGGCGGCCCGUGCCCGUAGAGAACGUCGAGAACUUCUCCCAUCGUGGAUAUUUUGGGAGAAAGAGCAGAAACAAAGAGCUGGAGCCCAAAGGGCCGACUCAGCCGGUGGAGCGGAACGAGGCCAAAUGGGCCCAUUUCUGCGAUUUCCGGGAGAUCACGCACAUUGUCAUCAAGGACUGUAGGGUCAGCAUCAACCGGCAGGACAACAAGUGCCUGGAGGUGGUUCUCCCGUCCCCCGAGAGCGCGCUCUCCUUGGUCUCGCUGGUGGACGGUUAUUUCCGACUCACGGCUGAUUCCAGCCACUACCUGUGUCACGAAGUGGCGCCGCCGCGACUCGUGAUGAGCAUCUUGAAUGGCAUCCACGGGCCCAUGCAGGAGGAGUUUGUUUUCGCCAAGCUGCGCCGGGAGGAGCAGGAGGAAGGGCUCUACAUCAUCCGCUGGAGCGUCCUUGACUUCAACAGGAUGAUUCUCUCCGUGGUGAAAAGGGGCCAGCAGCAGGGAGCCCUCAAGUACCGGCAAUUCCGCAUCCAGAAAAAAGGAAACUCCUUUGUGCUGGAAGGGUGGGACCGAGAAUUUUCUACUUUGCGGGAACUCUUGGACGUACUCAAGGGCUGCACGCUCAAGUCCGGCGACGAAAGCUUCACGGUGAAGAGAUGCUGUCCGCCCAAACCAGGAGAGAUCUCGGACCUGUUGAUCACGCGGAAGGUGAAGGACAGCGCGAAGCAGAUCCUUAACCUGACCCAGCUCAGCUUCCACCAAAUCCGCAAGACCGAGAUCACUCAGCGAGCCCACCUGGGGCAGGGCACCCGCACCAACAUCUACGACGGGGUGCUGAACGUCUGCGGGACCGGCGGGGCCGACGACGAAGCCGAAUAUUUCUCCACCGAGCAGAAUAACAACAGCCGGGAGAUGCACGUGGUCCUCAAAGUCCUGGACCCCAGCCACAGAGACAUCGCCCUGGCGUUUUUCGAGACGGCCAGCCUGAUGAGCCAAGUGUCGCACGUCCACUUGGCUUUCGUGCACGGAGUCUGCGUGCGAGGCUCCGAGAAUAUCAUGGUGGAGGAGUUUGUGGAACACGGACCUCUGGACGUGCUGUUGCGCAAAGAGAAAGGCCGAGUCACCGUGGGCUGGAAAAUCACCGUGGCCAAACAGUUGGCCAGUGCCUUGAGUUACCUGGAGGACAAAAACCUGGUGCAUGGCAACGUGUGCGCCAAAAACAUCCUGCUGGCCAGGAAGGGGCUGGAAGACGGAUCCGUGCCUUUCGUGAAGCUCAGCGACCCCGGAGUCAGCUUUACCGUGCUCUCUCGAGAAGAACGCGUGGAUCGCAUUCCCUGGAUCGCCCCGGAAUGCGUCCGGGAUGUGGGAAACCUCAGCACGGCGGCCGACAAAUGGAGUUUCGGCACCACUUUGCUGGAAAUCUGCUUCGACGCCGACGUCCCGCUCAAGGAGCGCACUCCUUCGGAGAAAGAGCGUUUCUACGAGAAAAGGCAUCGCCUGCCCGAGCCGUCCUGCAAGGAGUUGGCCACCCUCAUCUCUCAGUGCCUCAACUACACCCCGGGGGAGCGGCCGUCCUUCCGCACCAUCCUGCGGGAUCUCACCCAGCUCCAGCCCCACAACCUGGUGGACGUCACCUCGGUGAACCCCGACUGCCCGGUGUCGGACCCCACCGUCUUCCAGAAGCGUUACCUGAAAAAGAUCCGGGAGCUGGGGGAGGGUCACUUCGGGAAGGUGAGCCUGUACUGCUACGACCCCACCAACGACGGGACGGGGGAAAUGGUGGCCGUCAAAUCCCUCAAAUCCGGCUGCAGCCAGCAGCUGCUGACCAGCUGGAAGAGGGAGAUCGAGAUCCUCAAGACGCUUUAUCACGAAAACAUCGUCAAGUACAAAGGUUGCUGCAGCGAGCAAGGAGAGAAGAUCGUGCAGCUGAUCAUGGAGUACGUGCCCCUGGGCAGCCUGCGAGACUACUUGCCCAAACACAACGUCAGCCUGGCCCACAUCCUCCUCUUCGCCCAGCAGAUCUGCGAG